UUCUCCUGAUUCUGUUGUGUGUCUUUCAAACCCCGACGCGCCCGUUUCCUAGUUUUAUCUUCCUCGGUCUUUUUCUCUCUCCUUUCUUCGCAGCUCAGCAUGCAGGAGAAAGACGCCUCCCCGCCCGGUUUCCUACCUGGCUUCCAGCAUUUCGCCACGCAGGCCAUCCGUGCGGGCCAGGAGCCGGAGCAGUGGACCUCCCGGGCUGUCGUGCCCCCCAUCUCAUUGGCCACCACGUUCAAGCAAGGGGCUCCCGGCCAGCACUCGGGUUUCGAAUAUAGCCGUUCUGGAAACCCCACCAGGAAUUGCUUGGAAAAAGCAGUGGCAACACUGGAUGGGGCUAAAUACAGUUUGGCCUUUGCUUCAGGUUUAGCAGCCACUGUGACUAUCACCCAUCUCUUAAAAGCAGGGGACCACAUUAUUUGUAUGGAUGAUGUGUAUGGAGGUACAGGCACCUACUUCAGGGAGGUGGCAUCUGCGUUUGGAUUAAAGGUUUCUUUUGUUGAUUGUUCCAAAACCAAAUUGCUAGAGGCAGCCAUUACGCCAGAAACCAAGCUCGUUUGGACUGAAACCCCCACAAACCCUAUUUUGAAGAUGGUUGACAUUGAAGCCUGUGCACAUAUUGUCCAUAAACAUGGAGACAUUAUUUUGGUCGUGGAUAACACUUUUAUGUCAGCGUGUUUCCAGCGGCCUUUGGCUCUGGGGGCUGAUAUUUGUAUGUGUUCAGCAACAAAGUAUGUGAACGGCCACAGUGAUGUUGUAAUGGGCUUAGUGUCUCUUAAUUCUGAUAGCCUCCAUAGUAGGCUCCGUUUCCUGCAAGAAGAACACAGCCCAGUCAACACCAGACUGCAGCCUUGUAAGACCAGAGAGAGCACCCAGCCCAGCUGUGCUGGGACCCCUGACCUGUGGGAAGAUAAUAAGUGUCUGGUGUUUUAA